GCUACGGGGUUACCUCAUUGCGCGCAGGAGAACCGCACCCUCUGUCCGUCGAAGUUUUGGAAUGUGUGUAACUACAAAGUAAAGGAAAUUUUCCAUCCAAACAUUCAUUUCUAGUAAAUAUAGAAACGCCGGUGAAUGCACGAUAAUAUUAUUUCCAAAAAUCGGUUGUGAAAAAAGUGUUCAACAACGGCAAGUGAAUGCAAUUGUUGCAAUAAGACACUUUAUGUUACACCGAUUGGUUCAAUAGCGGAGCCGCCAGGGUCAGAUAACAUACCAGAUCUCUGGCGGAUCAGCCGGUGUUACUUAUAAUUUCUUAGAAAAGUCCUUUAAGAAGUAAAAAAUGAAUGAACUCGACAGUCUUCGUCAAGAGGCAGAGACCCUCAAAAAUACCAUUAGAGAUGCACGAAAAGCGGCGUGUGACACAACGCUGGUUCAGGCGACAGCGAACAUGGAACCAGUUGGUAGAAUUCAAAUGCGCACUAGACGUACACUUCGAGGACACUUGGCUAAAAUCUAUGCCAUGCAUUGGGGAUCCGAUUCAAGAUACUUAGUAUCUGCCUCACAAGAUGGAAAGCUCAUUGUUUGGGACGCAUAUACAACUAACAAAGUUCAUGCUAUUCCACUUCGUUCAAGUUGGGUCAUGACUUGUGCCUAUGCACCCUCAGGCAGUUAUGUUGCAUGUGGUGGUCUUGAUAAUAUAUGCUCCAUAUACUCUUUAAAAACUCGUGAGGGAAAUGUACGUGUUAGUAGAGAACUCCCUGGUCACACAGGUUACCUCUCUUGCUGCAGAUUUUUAGAUGAUAACCAAAUAGUUACAAGCUCAGGAGAUAUGACCUGGCGAGCUAUCACAACUAAUGCUCCGAAUGUCGACGCAAUGAAAUCAUCGAUAUUUGCUUCUCUAUAUCAUUGCUCGUCAAUAGACGCGAAACCAAAACAUUUCAAGUGCCCCCAAGGAGCAAGUUCUUGGUGUUUUUAUAAUCGUGCAAAUGCCCUUGGGCAAAAAGUACCAAGUCAUUCAACGAUGAAAGCUUUCCUAAACAGUAAUAUACUAGUCAAAAUCAUGCCAAUAUAUCAACGAUUGGCAUGUGAUGAUUUGUUGAAGCGCUGUACCUCUGGGCAAACUCAGAAUGCAAACGAAAGUUUGCACAGCGUAAUAUGGCAGCUUUGCUCAAAAGAUGUGUUUGUCAGCAAGCGCCGCCUUGAGAUUGCAGUGACAGAUGCAAUCAGCAGAUUUAAUAUGGGAACUGUUGUUGCUAUAACUGUGAAAGGGAAUCUCACUUCAUUAAAAGUUGAAAAAGCUGAAAAAAUUGCCUCAAGGCGUCUGUGGGAUAUUCGAGAUGGAAUGUGUAAACAAACUUUUCCUGGUCAUGAGUCUGAUAUUAAUGCUGUCACAUUUUUCCCUAAUGGGUAUGCAUUUGCUACGGGUUCAGAUGAUGCUACUUGCAGGCUUUUCGAUAUAAGAGCUGAUCAAGAGUUGGCAAUGUAUUCCCAUGAUAAUAUAAUCUGUGGAAUUACAUCAGUUGCUUUCUCCAAGAGUGGAAGGUUACUUCUAGCUGGUUAUGAUGACUUCAAUUGUAAUGUUUGGGAUUCCAUGAAAGCUGAACGUGCUGGGGUUCUGGCUGGUCACGAUAAUAGAGUAAGUUGUCUUGGAGUAACUGAAGAUGGCAUGGCAGUUGCCACUGGAUCCUGGGACAGCUUCCUCAAAAUAUGGAAUUGACGCUGAAACAAAACAUAUUUCCUGGACCAGUUAUUUGUUGUUUACACAUGAACACAGUAGUGUUGCUUCCUCGGCCUUCUUUUGUAACUUUACAUCUAGCAUUAUUUAAGUCUGUGAAGAAAUUUACAUUCGUAUGUGUGUGAUUUGGCGUUCAUAUUCAGACGUGCAUGUUUAUAUCUCUUAUCUGUGAGUGAGUGAUCUAAAAAAAACAACAACCAAUCCUCCCCUCUUCUAUUGAUUUUUCUCAUUACUGGAUUUAAGAAAAAAGAAAAUAUACAGCUCUGUCUAGUCAUGAGUAUGUCGCAAAAUGCCUGAAGUACAGUUGCUCUCAGUGCACGGUGCUUGCUGUUCUUUGCUUGCAUAGUAUUCUCUUGACAGUUAUAUUAACUUAUUACCCAGAUUUAUUGCUCUACUUUUUUUUUUUUAAUGUAAUUCUGUAGAAUGCCACUUCUGCAUAUCAGAUCCCAUUCUUUUGAGGUUUUGGUUUUUUAAAGAUUUUUACGGUCAAUGUGUUGGCUGGCCUGAGAGAUCCGUUUGAGCCCCGGCUGGUCUCUCGCUCACCUAACACAGAAGGGUUGCACAUAGACAAAUAUGGGAUCCCAUGCGUAGAUAUGCCAUUCUUAUUAAUUUUCAGAGUUGAGCUUUUUUUUUUAAUUAUGAUCAAGACUAUGGACUUGUAUCAAAUUCUAUUCCAGGCUUUAAAUAAAUGUAUCAUUGUAAAACCUUAUUGUGAAGUCAGUUAUGUUACGAGUGCUAGAUGUGGAUUCCAUUUGUAAAUAAUGUGAAUUCGUUAUUUGUGGUCAAAUCACAUGAAUAAUCUAGAUUGUGACUGUUUAAAAUGUCUGCCCGAGUCAAAGGGGCAGACCUCCCCCUUCCCCAGUUUCACUCUUCUUGGGACCAUGAAGAUGAUGUGGAACUUGCCCAACUAUAAUCACUGCUGAAGUAUAUUCCAAGUUGAACUCAACUUGCAGACUAUAAAGUCUGUAACUGCCAAUGCAGUGGUAAGAAAGAUAGCAUAUGAAAACAACAAGACAAAAGCUACAAGAGGUUUUUUUAAAUAAAAAAAAAUGAAGGUUUUGUGUACUGUAAAAGUUUGUAAAUCUUUUACGCACGUCUGUAUUAUUUAUAGUUUUUUUUUUAUCAAUGCUUUUAUGUUAUAUAAGAAAAAGUUUUACUAUGUAGUAACAUCUAUAAAAUAUCAAUGGAGGGAAAAAAAAUAGUAUGAAAUAUUUCUUUGCUAUUCUCAAAGUUGUAGUUUUAUAUAAAUUAUUAACACAAUUUCUCUGCCAACUUUCCUCUCUGUUGGCUUCAUUUAGCCAACGUUUUUCUUUUUUCUUCUACCGGGACAGUCCUACUUUAAGACUGCCAAAAUAAAAUAACAAUGCAUUUCUGCUGUUUUCUGUCUGAUCAGCAUCUGACAAAAAUGCUGAUGGUUCUUUACAAUACACUUUUUUUGGUGCAUAAUGUAAUUUCCCAAUGUGUUAUUGCACUCAAGUCUCUAUUCAUGGAAUUUCACAAGAUGGUGGUGUUGUUACUUUCAGGCUGCCCUUGAUUAAAAUAAAAAAAUAACUAAUCUUUCUUUCAACAAACGGAAAGGAACUUACAUUGUAGGCUCCUAUGUUUAUAUAAGUAGAUGUAGUGGAAAAUGUAGCAGCCAUUGUCUAUUUCAAAUUUUACUUAAUUGUUUUUGUUGCUUUAGCCAGUUAGCAUUCUAGCUCGGAGCAUGCAGCCUCUUGUGUGUAUAGUAUUAAAUCCUCCCCCCUGUGCUGUCACUUUUACAGCUCUCAGUGAGAGUCGGAAAAUACUGUUAUAUCUGACACUGUUCAUAUAAUACUGGAAUAUCUUCUUGUGUACAAAGGAGCUGUGCAUGUCAGCUUCAUUUUAUUUUCGCCAUUGUCAGUGUGAAAGUCAAAUUCGAGUCUAGUUGUGUUUUGUCAGUUAAAACAAAAAAAAUAAAUAAAAUAAAAACCGUAUGUAAUUUAAAAUUGGUGAAUAAAGCUGUUUAUCUUUACGUCUA